AUGUAUUAUACGAAUUAUUUGAAUAGGCGGCCAAGUAAGAUGAACGAGUAUGGGUUGAAGAGGAUACCUGAUUACACCGAAUUGGCUUACAAAGAAGCGGUGUCGAAACUACGGUACUUCUUGUCUGGGAAUUACGCGCCAAGUGUACGUAGUUACGGCGGUUCAGCAUCAGUGAAGAACUUGGACGAGUCGGAUGGCGACUUGGACAAGAAGUACACAAGCUCCUACACCCUCGCGGAGUACAAGCCGCGGCCGCGCCUCACUACCAAAUAUGCCACCCUGUACGCCGAUAGCCUGAACAACUACACGCCGCCACACGUUAAUACGACCUCCGUGCCUCCAGCUACUGCGACCGCUGGUGACGUCACAGGCGGGACCAACCCUGACGUCAUCAACUUCAUACAGAAGCAGGAGGAGUAUAUAGAACAGCUCGAGAGAGAGAGCCAGUACUGCAGGGAUGAAUUGAACAACUUGCUAGGCAAGGUCAAGGAGGUGAUCUCAGAGAACGAGCAUCUACACGAGGCUCAGAAGAACAAGUUGAUCUCUCGCAUGUUUCAUUCUUAUAAUGGAUCCGAGAGUGACGACCUGGAUGAGUUGGGCGACAGCACUGGACUGGAUAGCGAUAAUAAGACGACUCCGCUGAAAGCUCGGAAGUCUGCAAAGGCACGUUCCACCAGACUGGAAGGACCCAACAUUGUGUUCGAGUCGCGCAUUGCUGAGCUGGAAGCUCAACUUACACAAGCUAAAAUCGAUCUAAAGAAGGUUCAGGAAGAGAAUAAUGAGAACAAGCGCAAGUUGGCCUCUGGGCUGGUUGACUCAACCUGCCUCGACGGCUUCAAGCGCCAAAUUGACAAUCUCCAGAGGGACAAGUCUUCGCUGGAGUCUCAGAUAUCGAAACUGAAGUUAAGCUUAGAGCAACGAGAUGAUGAUGGCCGCUACAAACGAGGGUCGGAUGCAGUGGAACACCAGCUCAGGGAGGAACGGAACAACUUGGAGGCUGAGUUGCGGCGGCUUAAGGAUGACCUAGCUAAGGAGCGCAGUAAGGUCCGCGAGCUAGCCGGUGAGGGCGCGCGGCGAGCUAUACAGGAGCGCAGCGCCGCCGAGCAGCGAUACAACGCACACUUCGACGAGCUGCAACACGACCUCGCCGCGCAGUAUGACAAUGUCGCCAAGUUACAGUUGGACUUGGAGCGCCAACGUCGUGAAGAGAACGAACUAAAACGAGAACUGUCAAUGAAGAAUGCUGCCAUCGAUGAACUUAAGAUGGAGCUGAAGAACAAAAUUUCAUCUCUCCAAGCGGAUCUGGCUCAGGCUCAUGCAGAGAAGGCUUCUCUGGAAGAAGAGCUGGCUAGCGCUCGCUUGGCGAUUGAAAGACAGCAACGUCAGGCUAAACAUGAGACCAAUCGACUCAACUCUGAAAUCCAGUCUCUUCGUCAACGCCUGGACAGAGCUGAUGCCGACUUGGUGCACUCACGUCGCGAGAACCUCCGUCUCUCUGAACAAAUUUCUAAUCUGGAAAAAGAGCAAACAAUGAAGAACUUGACCCCGAUAUCGCCGGAGAAGAAAAAGAAGGAGAAGGAACUGUCCACGAUGCUGGAGUCGAUGGAAAACAAACACGCUAAAACGGUGGCUGGGUUGGAGUCCAUGAUACAAUCACAAAACAGUCUGAUGGAGAAACUCACCGGCGAAUGUCGUUUGCUCACAGACAAGCUCGACGACGCAAAUCGUAGGCACAAGCAAGAACUGGCCACUCUGCAGCGUCAAGUAAACGGCCUCUCACGUUCGAUGCAGUCCCCACACAACACGCCUAGCAAUUUUCAAGCACAUCCCCCGCACCAGACCACAACCAACAGAAAUAUACCACAUCCCCCGUCCGACAGCGGACGAGACUAUUCCGGAACUGAGUCCCCCGGACACACCACACACGGACCGGACGAACGAAUCACAACAGUCGACCGAGACGAUCCCUACCAAACUACAGGAAUAGAUGAAACUGCUUAUCAACAAGAAGAACACCACGACCAACAAAUAGAAGAAAAUGUAGUAGACAUUAAACCAAAAGAAACAGAAUAUCAAGAACCUGAACAUUUUGAAGAGGAAGAAAUGCCUAAAGUACAGACAGAAACGAAAGAAGAAAUAAAAGAAGAACCAGAGAAACCGAUGGAAGUAGAACACACGGAGGCAUAUGAAACACAACAGUAUGAGUAUGAUCAGAAUUACGAACAAACACCGGCUACGGCCGAUGCUCAAUACGAGAAUCAGUUUGAGAAUUACGAGCAACAACCUUACGCUGACCAGCAAUAUGAAAACUAUGAACAAUAUCCUCAAGAAGCAGUUGAUCCUAACGCGCAGUAUCAUCAGGAAUAUGAAAAUUACCCAACAGAUGGGAACUACACAGACCAAAAUUAUGACACAACUCAGUAUGCUGAGGGAUUGACAGAAGCUGCACACGAUGGAAGCAAAAUAGUACAGGACCAAAGUUAUGAUGCUCAGUACGCCCAGGAAUAUCAAGCUGAUCAGAAUGCAAAGAUACAAAAUGAAAAAGUGCCUGAAAGUAUAAAGUCACAAGAGAAACCAUCUAGUCAAAGUUAG